AUGACUGAAAUUCUCAAAAUAGAUUCACCUAAAUGUGUAAAUUGUAAGUUAGUCAUUGAUGAUAAUAAAUUUUUCAGAAUAGAUGACGAUAAAUGGCAUAUGAAUUGCUUUGAAUGUUAUAACUGUCGUGAUAAAUUGAAUAUAGAUUCAGAUUUUCUUAGAAUUGGAAAUGAUCAAAAAUUACUAAUAUGUUCAAAAUGUUCAAACUAUCAAUGUGCAAGUUGUAAUGAUCACAUAACGAAUAUGGCAAUAAUAUUAACGAAUAAUGAAGCAUAUUGUAAAAAAUGUUUUAAAUGUUUUAAAUGUGAAAAAGAAAUAGAAGGACUAAAAUAUGCAAAAACAAAAAAGGGUCUACUCUGCAUGGGUUGUCAUGAGGUGAUUUUAAAUAGAAAGUCCGCGAUAGAACAACAGAAGAAAAAGGACAAGCUCUAUUUACAAGAACACAAUAGGUCAAGGUCACUGGAUACAUACCAGUCGAAUCUAGUCAUUCCAAAGAGAUCGACUAGACGAACAGUAGUUUCUCCUAACCGUAAUGCUCAAAGCAACAGAAAUUCCAAGCUGAUUUCUACUGAAGAAAUCAACAAAAUUAACAGUAAAGGUGAGUUGUUAAAGGAUAUCUCAACUUCUAAUCAUUCUGAAGAUAUUGACAAGUUUCCAGACUUUCUAGUGUCUAAUGACAGAAAAAUCUCAUCUCAUAUAAAAUCUAAUUCAGAGAGCGUAAUACCACAAUUUCUACCUGGGGAAAACUCAAAUUCUAAACCCAACCAAGACACUAAUCAGAAAGUUCACGACAGAAAAACUUCUAUAGAUGAAAUAUUAAAUUCAACAUUAGAGAAUUUUGACUUUGAUGAAGAAUCAAAGAUAAGAAAAGCAUCUUUAAAGGCACCUAAUGUAGAAAUUCGUAAAAAUAGCACUUCUAGUACAGAUGCUAAAAACUUAACUAUGGAUGAUAAAAAUAUCAUGGUUUCACCAAAGAGACAUGGUAUAAUUGUAUCUAACCAAAUGAAGGCUGAUGUGAAUUCUGAACAUCUGAAUUACCUUAGUGCUGACAAACAAGAAACAACUAACAGCAUAUUUUAUGGAAAAUUUAGAACACCGGUAGGUAGUAUAGAUCUGACAAACAAUGCAAUCAAUAGUCCGAUUUCCGUAAAUGCCUCUGAUUUUAAAGGAGGCUUGACUACUGAUUUAAGAUUAAAUUCUACACAAGAACAUGAUGACAAGGUUGAAAAAGUUAAUGGGUUAGCUAUUAAUUUUCAAACGACAGAUAAAGAAAACAUUGAUGCUACAAGCAAUCCUCAUUUGAUAGAUCCUCAAUUAAAUACUUCCGACUCUGGUCAAAGUUCAAAUGAUCUAAGUUUGCCUGUUAUAACUAAUACAAAUACAACUAAUAGUAAUCAGAAUUCACUUUCUGAUAAUGGUGGUAAGAAAAAAUUAUCUAGGUCACUUUCAAAGAUUUCCAGAAAUCUUGUUUCGAAUUUCAAACCCAAACAAACAGGAAACUUUAAACCGGCACAACCUAAUAAUGAUUCACCAUAUGUGACCAAAAUUGAUGAUUCGUUGGAUACCCACUCAGGUUGGGGAGUUUUUUCCCAGAAGAACAAUACAUCUAAUAUUGAUAAUAUAACAUCAUCAAAAGCAACUAAAGAAACGAGGCAUUCUAGUAGAGGAAAAAGUGAUAGUACUAUUUAUUCAGAUCAAAAAGCCCGAACCAUAGACAAUACUGCGAUGGGAUCAACUUUUUCACAUGCUGAUGAAGAUGCUAAAUAUACACAUUUACGUUCGAAUAGUAAUUUGGCGAACAAAUCUCUAAAUACUCCAGAAUCAGCUGCAGAGCUGUCAUCCGUUACUCCUUCCAUGGACACUAACAGCACUUUUACAAGGUUUAAUGCAACCCCAUCUACUAGUAGUCACCAUUAUAGAAAAUCAAGCUUACAAGGUGUUGAUAACAUUUUAAAGGAAGAUGUUGCUGCAUUAUCUUUAUCCGUACCUCAAUCGAUGGCUACGUAUUCUUUAGACCCGAAAGAAGUUUCUUCUCCUACAGCAGCUAUGCUAUCGAAAGAAUUAGCAGAAUUGGACUUGAGUCUGAGAAAAAUGAAGUUGGAACUGAGAAAUAUGGAAACCUCUAAAUCAAGACUCUCAAAUGAGAUUGAUAAUUUAAGAAAACUAAAAGACUCUUUAAUUGGUGAAGUUGAACAGUUGAAGUCUGAGAGAAAUUCCCUUGCAUCAUUGUACCCAACCAAAACAGAACAAUCAAUCAAAGAAGAAGAAACUGAUGAAUUAUAUACCGGGCUGACUCCAAAAAAGCAGACCAAUUCUGUUAAUGAGUUAACGAAUAUUCACAGCUCUAAUUCAAAAUCGAAAUUUUGGAAAUUAUUUUCAAGUGAUAGUCCAUCUGUUUAUGGUUCUCCUCAACAACAAUCUAAUACUAAACUAUCUCCUCAACCACCAAAUAAGAAACUAUUUGGAAACAACCCCAAGAAUUUGGGAAAUUCAUCUGAACAUCCAAAGCUUGAUAUUUCGGAACCAAUUAACUUGAAAUCCAACGUUUUUGAAUACCCAACAGAUAAAUCUCGCUCGUUGGGAAAACCUUCUUUUUCUGGAUAUAAUUUGAACAAUUCAUUAAGUGGUGAGAAUCUAUAUGGCUCAUUACUGGUUAAGAGAUGUAUAUAUGAAGGUGCUAUGGUGCCGAUGCUCAUUACAACUUGUAUUUCCUAUAUCGAAAAGAAUGAAAAUAAUCUAAAAACUGAAGGUAUCUACAGAAAAUCAGGUUCUCAAAAAUUAAUAGAAGAAAUUGAAAAUGAAUUUAAACCGAUUAAAUCAACUCAAGAAAUGUCUGAGACAUUGAAAAGCCUCUUGGAUUCUGAUGUAAAUGCAGUUAGCAAUGUUUUAAAAAGAUAUUUGCGUAAAUUACCUAAUCCAUUAAUUCCGUUUGAAGUAUAUGAACCAUUGAUAGAAAUAACAAAGAAUAGUGAUUUAAUAACUGCGUUACCUAAUAAUGAAGAACAAAAGAAUUCUAAAACCAUAGAACUUUUUAAUUUUACAUUAUCAUCAUUUAAAAAAUUAUUGAAUACUAUUCCUGUUGAACAUUAUGUUUUAUUAAGAAUUUUAAGCAACCAUGUUAAUAAAAUUGCUCAAUUCAGUCAAUGGAAUUUAAUGAACUUAUCAAAUUUAGCCAUUGUAUUCAGUCCAAGUAUAAUUCAUGACAUUACUGGGGAAAAGGAUAUGAUUGAUAUGAAAUUCAGAAAUUAUGUUACACAAUUUAUUUUUAAGAACUAUGAAGAAUUGUUUUUAUAA